CAGCAGCUGCAGGUGCGCGUCCUGCGCGCCCGCGACCUGCCGGCCAAGGACCCCAACGGCCUCAGCGACCCCUACGUCAAGAUCUACCUGCUGCCCGACCGCAAGAAGAAGUUCCAGACCAAGGUGCUGCGGCGGACGCUGAACCCCGAGUGGGACGAGGCCUUCAGUUUCGGGGUGCCCUUCGGCGAGCUGCCGGCGCGGCGCCUCCACUUCGGCGUCUACGACUUCGACCGCUUCUCGCGGCACGACCUGAUCGGGCAGGUGGUGCUGGAGAACCUGCUGGAGGUGGCCGAGGCCCGGCCCGAGGUGCCCAUCUGGAGGGACAUCCAGGAGGGGAGCGGG